UAAGCAGGCAAUGCACUAUAUUCUCUCGCGCAGGCAUUGACGUUUCUCGUUGUGCACACGUGUAUUUGACCCAGAUAACGUCAGGAGUGCUGGUUAGAAAGAAUGGGCUUAAAAACCUACAAAAGAAUUGAAAAAUAAUUCGACAUCAGCUUGGACAGGCUUGGGUAGCUUAGCAAUGUCUUGGUUUCCACAGAAGAAAACAGGACAGAGUUUGGUACACAGAGUAUGUCAAAAAAUACUAAAAAGUGGACCCAUACCUAAACAUGUAGCCUUCAUCAUGGAUGGCAACAGGCGGUUUGCUGUGAAGAAUCACAUGGAUAGGGCAGAGGGGCACUUCAAGGGAUUCGAUAAACUGGCAGAGACUUUAGAAUGGUGCCUUGAUAUAGGGAUAACAGAGGUCACAGUGUAUGCCUUCAGUAUAGAAAACUUCAAGAGGUCUAAGGAGGAGGUGGACUGCUUAAUGGAACUGGCCAGACAGAAGUUUACCCGUCUGAUGCAGGAGAAGGAGCUGAUCCAGAAGCACGAGGUGUGUGUGAGAGUGCUGGGGAACCUGAGCCUGUUGCCACUGGAUGUACAGGAAGUGAUCGCGGAGUGUGUUCACUUCUCCAAGGACAACAAAAGGGCAGUGUUAAAUGUUUGUUUUGCCUAUACUUCUCGAGAUGAAAUAUGUGCAGCCAUGCGAGAGGUAGCCGAAGGUGUUCAACUGGGCCUUAUCAGAGACAGUGAUGUGUCGGAGGAGAUGAUGGAGAAGUGUCUCUACACCUCCCAGUCUCCCCAUCCCGACCUGUUGAUCAGGACCUCAGGAGAGGUCAGGCUCAGCGACUUCCUCCUGUGGCAGACAAGCUACAGUUGUCUUUCCUUUGUUGAUGUGUUGUGGCCAGAAUUCAGCAUAUGGCAUUUGUAUGGUGCUGUUCUUCAUUACCAAAGGAACUACCCAUCGAUAAAGAGUGCAAUAGAUUCUGACAUGGCGGACAGAAUAAGAAGGCAAAGAGAGCAGGACUAUGAGUGUGUUAUAUCUACGUGUGAUUCUAGUGACCAGUCCACCAAUUCACUGUCAAGUCGGGUCCACCAGUAUACACUGGACAGAGAGGCGAGGAUAAAACAGUUUCUACAUCACGUGAAUUCCAAAAGACUCCAUUAUUUUCAGGAACUAGUCAAUAGAAAGAAAACUGUCAGCGUUUGAUGAAAGUUGUAUUAGAUAUUUCGAUUUGUUAUCAAUUUACACUUGUAUGAAACUAUAAGAUACAUGUACGUUUAGAAUGUGUAUGAUUUAGGGGAAUAUAAACCAGAUCUGACUUCAUUAGAAUCAAAUGAUGAACAUAGUUCUUAAGUGCUUCAUAUAUAUAUAAACUACAUUCAUCCAUGACACAACCUUCCCCCUUGUAAGUCCUUUCCUCUGUUACCCUUCAAGACCAUAUGACCAGAUAAGCUGAACUUGGUAUUUUUGUAGUUGUAAACUUUAACAAUCCACAAGCAGUAGCUUUAAACAUUAGACUUGAAUAUUUUGUCAUAUUUAUGUAUACAGUUCCUCUAUUUAAGGUAAUUCACAAUGUCUGAAAAAGGCCAUGACCUUCCAGCUCUAUUAAUCAGCGUUUCCUAGUUUUGUAUUGUAGUAUUAUGACAUAUAUUAUACUUGGAGAUACAUGUAGUUGUACAUCAUCAUGUAGUAUACAUCCAAACGCCAGAUGAUUAUGUUCGGGUGAUUCCAAGAAUAAAAUAUAUAUACUAUAUUUAUAUUGGACAGAUCUACAGGUACAUGUAGUAGCAAACUCCAUAUUUCUUUAUUAAGUACACAAGGAGGUACAGAUCAUAAGUACCUUUAUUAAAAGCCAUUAAAUUUCAUUAGGGAAAUAAGUCAAGUUCUUAACAAAAGAAAAUUACAUAUAUCUGCAAUUUGUCUUGUUUAACUUAUCUGUUGCAGCUUCUGAAUAUUCAUGUCAAUGUUUGUUGCAAGCAAACACGUGUUUCCUUCCAAUACAUUUAUUUUGGAAGCUGUCUUCUGAAAAUGUUUUAUCGUAUUUUUAUGACUAUAUGUAAGUAAAGAAAAUUGUGUUUGAA